AUGGCGAAGCUGAUUGCAAAGGUCGAGAAAACGGGAGCUUGUGCUGCGACUUUCGGUGAAGCUACAUUCGGACUGUUCGCUAGUCGAUCAAUUGACCUCGUAAAUGAUUUGAAAGAACUAGAUUUCACAUAUCAAAGGUUGAGGGAGUUGGCCGACAUUGAGAGAGCGUACAUAGCUUCACUAUGGCUUAUGUGCUAUGAAUGGCGACGCUACGGUGGUGAUUCUGGUCUUUCACUGAAGGAGUACAUUAACUUGGCCAUGCUCUCAUACGAGAACAUAGUUAAACCAAAUUUUAUGUUGGGCCUGGAUGACAAAGCACCAAAUUAUUGCUUGCUCAUUCAGAGCGACUAUUUUGAGGUGGUAUCGUUGGAGCGGUUUGAUGUAUUUGAUGCGAAUGGAAAUGAAAGGAAGGAGGUGCACUUUAUGGAGGGGUUGAUGUCUGUUGGGCUUGUGUCUAGACAGAUCGUCCGACUUGACAACGCCACCAAGCAACCAGUGAUUAACCCUUUCAAGGGCAAGCAUUUUCUAAAAUCUGUAAUAUUCACGGGUUUUCGGGCG